GUCUGCCAGUCUAGCCCUUGCAUAAAAGGCCAGGUCACCUGUGUCCUGCUUCCUCCCCUCCAGCCUGGAUCAUGCUCCAGCUCGUCACCAGUCUGGCGCUCUUGGGAGCGCUGGCCACCCCAGCCGGGACCUCCAAGACGUGUCCAGUCUGCUCUUUGCUGGGAAACUGCACUGAGAUGACCUGUCCUCCCACCAAGGAAGCCUGCGUGUUUGGCCAGAUGCAGCUGGAAAAUGGGACCCUCAUCAGGAACGGGUCGUGUGUAGUCUCGGAAUGCCGAGAAGGUGUCUACACCCUGACCUACGGCCCCCACUCGAGCCUCUGGGUCAGCACAGACUGCUGUGUAAACGGCUGCGGCAGGGCCGCCCGACAAGAGGCAGGGUCCGAAGCCCAGCUCAACGGAGUGCAAUGUCCCUACUGUUCUGGGGACAAGUCAGCCUCCUGUGACUCCCUUUCGGUCAUGAACUGCACAGGGGACCAGACUAUGUGUCUCACCCUCAACGGGACAUGGAAUGGAGGGGGUCCCCAAAUCCUGAAGGGCUGUGCUACCCCAAAUGUCUGCCACCUGCAAGUGAACACCACCCUGGGCCCAGAAGCGUCUGGAUUUCGUCUCGUCAGCCAGCCUGAAUGCAACUAUGUGGUUACACCCACCGUGCCAGGUCCCCCUGCAAACACGUCUCUGACCGCGGAUAGGGUCACUGUCUGUGUCACCUGCUCAGGACUCAAUCGUUGUGACCCUGUCUUCUGCCCAGCAGAUCGGAACUACUGCCUUCAGACAGCAGGCAUCCUAGCCUUAGGGAAAGGUGACUCUGUCGUCUGGAGAAGCGGCUCCUGUGUGGCCCUCAGGGACUGCCUAUUUGGCACCUCUGUCUCUGCCUUCACCUCCAGCGUGGACUUUGGCUUCCAGAUCAACUCCACCUGUUGCCAAGGCAACUGCCAAGCACUCACUCCUCCCGAAGGGGUGCCAGACUCACACCCCCUGAGCGGGUUCCUGUGUCCUACAUGUCCUAACGGCCACCCGGGGCCCUGCAAUUCCUCCUUCUACGUGCAGUGUCCCGUCGGGGAGACUGAAUGUGUCCAGCUGGACCUGCUGUCUAUAGAAGGCAGCCAGAACGUGACCCUGCGCGGCUGCGGCUCCCAAAACCUGUGCGGGGUCUCCGCCGCCACCGCCAAGGCGCUGCUGAAGUUCCCCGGCCACCGGCUGGCCCACCAGCCCCACUGCAGCACCACCCGGCGUGCCAUCCUGGAAUCCGAGUGCGCCUCUGGCGCGCCGCCUGGCCUCCGCCUCGCCCGGUCCGUGCUGCUGGUGGCCCUGGGCUUCCUGGCCCUCUCCUGAGCAGUCCCGCCUCCACCCUAACCCUCCACCACCCUCGCCCCGCAGCCACUCAACCCCCCUUGCUUCCCACCUCGCUAGAGGGCGCCCUGGCUCCCCUCCCCUUCCACGUUUCUAGGCCUGGAAGCUUCUGGUGAGAAAAGUCAGAAGGACUGAGCCUCCUCCCUCAGACUAAGGGCUUCCCCAAGGCAAGUCCUCUUUCUUAACACCAGGGUCCCAAAGGAAGUAGCUCCUCCCUCCUACUAGGCUGUACUUCUCAGACCUCAGACUAGAGACGCCUCUGCGGACACACAAUCUUCACAUGGGGGGGGGGGGUGUGUGUGCAAAGACUAAGCCUCUUUCCUCAAACUAGGGGGUCUCCAACACCUGGCCAUUCCCUUAGACUAGGGCUGUGUCUGUUUUCCUGAACAUUGGGAAACAGCCCCUUCUGUCUUCCUCUUUAGGGUUUAGCAAAGUCCUGGGCAGCCAAGAUGGGGCUUAAGGAGCAAAUACACCCCCUUCCCAGGCUUGUAGAGCAGCCCAUUCUAUCCCCACCAGGGGCCCUCUUCUAUCUGGGUUCAGCCUCCCCUCUGUAACCAAAUCUGAAUGAACCGCAUCCCACAAUA